CGGGACCAAGUUUAGCUCUGUAUACAUGAACGCGUCCAUGCAGAGACCUACUUUUCGUGAAAAAUACCUACACGUUAUAAACAGCUACUAAAUAGAAAUUAACAUUAUAAGCCAUGCUGCAUAAGUAAAUCACGACCAAGCCAUGCGGAGCUAUAACCAAACCAUGCUGCCGUACGACUCCGUCAGGUCAGGAUAGGGGAACGUGUCAGAUUAACCCAGUCUGACCGGGUUUUUAGGGAGCUCCAGCUUUCACCUGGUUUUUUGUGACAGAAUGGAUACCGAUGUGUUUGACGUUGUUGUGGUCGGUGCUGGAAUAAUGGGAUCGUCCACGGCCUACUAUCUCGUGAACCAGGGACGCAAAGUCUUGUUGCUUGAACAGUUUCGUUUGCCGCACACCAGGGGGAGCUCGCACGGACAGUCCCGUGGAUUCAGAAAGGCCUACCCGCAGAAGUUUUAUGCCAACAUGACGGAUGAGGCUCUUGAGGCAUGGAACCGUCUAGAAAGGGAGAGUGGGACCUCCCUCUACAGACGGACAGGACUGCUUGUCGUUGGGAAGAAGGGUAGCCAGUGUCUGGAGGAGACUGACGUCACUCUGAAGCAGACGAACUGCUCGCACGAAAGACUGUCUCACGCGCAGAUGACCAAACGCUACCCACAAUUCUCGUAUCCGGACAACUACGAAGGGGUGUUGGACCACACGGCGGGAAUCUUGUGGGCCAGCGCUGCUGUAUUGGCCUAUCAGACUGUAUUCAGGUGCCGAGGUGGCGUGUUAAACGAUGGAGAUAAAGUAUUACGAAUAAUUCCGGCCGAUAUUUCCGAGGUUGUGACGUCCAGGGCCAGAUACAAAACCCGGAGUGUCAUCAUUACGGCUGGUCCAUGGACUAACAAGAUACUGAAGGAUCUUGGACUCUCCUUACCAUUGAAGACUUUGCGGACUUAUCUGCCGUAUUGGCGUGUGGCGCCGAAUGGCGGGAUGAGUAUCGAGGACAAAUCGGCGCCGUGCAUGUCGGAAAAGAUUGGCCCUGACGCGGACGAAAACUACGUGUACCAUUCCCCGUCAGCCGAGUACCCGGGUCACGUUAAGAUCGCUUUACAUGAUGGACCGGAAGCCGAUCCGGAAAAUCCAGACGAGACCAGCCAAGAUGACGUCAUCGGAAAGCUAGCUGACUAUAUCCGGUCACAUUUGCCUUUUGUUCACGCUAAAAAACCAAGCAUUGUAGAGCCUUGUAUGUACACGAUGACGCCGGAUCACCAUUUUGUCCUGGAUCGCCAUCCCAGGUAUAGAAACAUCAUCAUAGGAGCCGGGUUCUCAGGUCAUGGAUUUAAGAUGGCCCCGGUGGUCGGCAAAGUUUUAGGUCAGCUUUCUCUGGGACAGUCUCCAUCUUACGAUCUCACACCGUUCAGGAUAAGCCGAUUCCCUGGAGUAAAGUCACACUUGUAAAAACAAAUGCCAUUGGUUCCAGACAGGCUGUUUUUUUAACCCUACAAAAAAAAACCCCAUUGGUUACCGCUAACAGACGCAUACCAUUUUGACUAAUUUCUCCAAAUUCCGGCUUGAGCCGGAAAACAUAUAGGUGGUAUGGAGGGAUUCGCACCCUUGUUCGGUUUGGUCAGAAGACAAUGUAUCUCACAACAAAUUAAAGAUCUGUAUUACCGAUGGAUACUGACUCAGCUUCGGCGACUGCCUGCAAUUUCUAGUUUCGCUAAACCCAGGGCUUGCGGGAGUAUAUUCAUCGUUUUGAAUAAGAUCCCCAGGUUGUAUAUAUGAAUAGUUGCAAUUAAAAAGCCAAAAGAGAUACAUAUUUUGAUUAUCGACAAGUUAUAAAAUAGCAUGGUACACGAUAUACAUACUGAUUUCAUUAGCCUAGAAUAUUCCAUGCGUCUUUCCAUCAUCAUCGAAAACUGUUGAUAGCUUCUUCUUGCAUGAUUCUUUCUUAAUUUCGUAGGUUUUAUACUUUCGUAGUUCUUUGUGGUAAAAGUCGUAAAAAAAAACGAUUAUUGACCCGUAACGUCCAUUUUGGUUGACGGCUGAUUUAAGAAUGUAUAGACGCAUAGAUCCAGUAUGACUAGAAUCAUAUACUUGUGGUGUUUCUGUAGAAAAUCACGGUCUAUUAUAUAUGCCAGCAAGACCUGAUACUAAAUAGGAAUUCUUCAAAAGAAUGGUACAUGGGACGAAACAUUCAAAAUCUUUUUUAAAUAAAACCCGU